GUUGUUGACGCCAUCUUGAGAACGGAUUCCUGACAGGUUAUGCAGCCUAUAGAAUUUUAGUAUUUAGAAGAAAGAAUCUGACUAGAUCACAACAACUACAUUACCAUCGGACUAUUAGUGCUCUGUAUUUUUAUUCUUCAAGCCAUCAGCCAUGGCGCAGACCGAUGGCAAAAUGUCCACUCUGGACCGGGUAGUGAAAAGUGUCCCGUUUCCACCUUCAAGUCGUUUGACUAUGAAAGAAGUAUUUGACAGCCAUGGGAAACCUAAACCUGACAUUUUAAAACAACACUUCCUUGUGGAAGGAAGGGUAGAGGAAGCAGUAGCACUUAGACUCAUCAAUGAAGGAGCAGCUUUAUUACGACAAGAAAAAACUAUGAUAGAUAUUGAAGCACCAGUUACAGUGUGUGGUGAUAUUCACGGCCAAUUUUACGAUUUAAUGAAAUUAUUUGAAGUUGGAGGCAAUCCUGCUACUACUCGGUACCUUUUCUUGGGUGAUUAUGUUGACAGGGGUUAUUUCAGUAUAGAGUGUGUUCUCUAUUUAUGGGCUUUGAAAAUUCUUUAUCCUAGCACAUUCUUUAUGCUAAGAGGUAAUCACGAAUGUCGACAUCUUACAGAAUACUUCACCUUUAAACAAGAAUGUAAAAUCAAGUAUACCGAAAGAGUUUACGAUAGUUGUAUGGAAGCAUUCGACUGUUUGCCAUUAGCAGCUCUUAUGAAUCAACAGUUUCUUUGUGUACAUGGUGGUUUGUCACCGGAAAUUCAUACAUUGGAUGACAUCAAAAAGUUGGAUAGAUUCAAGGAACCGCCAGCUUUUGGUCCAAUGUGUGAUUUAUUAUGGUCUGAUCCAUUAGAGGAUUUUGGCAAUGAAAAGAAUACUGAACAUUUCAGUCAUAACAGUGUUAGAGGGUGUUCCUACUUUUAUAGUUAUCCGGCAUGCUGUGAAUUUUUGCAACAGAACAAUCUUCUUUCAAUAAUACGAGCACAUGAAGCGCAAGAUGCAGGUUACCGCAUGUAUCGAAAAAGUCAGACAACAGGAUUUCCCGUGUUAAUUACCUUAUUCUCAGCACCAAAUUAUUUGGAUGUGUACAAUAAUAAAGCUGCUAUUUUGAAAUACGAGAACAAUGUUAUGAAUAUUCGUCAGUUCAAUUGUUCACCACAUCCGUAUUGGUUACCUAAUUUUAUGGAUGUUUUCACGUGGUCACUUCCUUUUGUUGGAGAAAAGGUGACGGAAAUGUUAGUGAACGUGCUGAGUAUUUGUUCAGACGAUGAGCUAAUGACAGAAGGUGAUGACUCAUUCGAAGGCCUCAGCAACGCUGCUCGCAAAGAGAUUAUUAGAAACAAGAUACGAGCAAUUGGUAAAAUGGCAAGAGUCUUCUCCGUACUGAGAGAGGAGAGUGAAAGCGUAUUGCAGCUCAAAGGACUAACACCGACCGGUACUCUUCCACUUGGUGCAUUAUCAGGAGGAAAAGCUACUCUUACAAGUGCAAUCAGUGGAUUUUCUCCAUCUCAUAAAAUCACAAGCUUCGAAGAAGCCAAGGGACUUGACAAAGUUAACGAGAGAAUGCCACCUCGUAGAGGCUCAGUGGGAGAGGAUGUGAAACCAGCAGCUUCCUAACAGUCUACUACCUGUCACUAUGACUACACGCACUACUCCAGCGCUAAGACACUGGCACAGGAAAAACCCCUCUCUUAUCUGUCUUUGCGGAGACAGGGUACACAGUUUGCUAACUGGUAUAGUGAGCUUUGUAUCGAUGGGGGUUAAAUGGGUAGGGUCAGGGGAGGGUAUGCAUUUUCUGUGGGUGGGUGGUAAUUCUAUGCCUGCUGUAUUUAUCUGUCUUGUCUGCUUUAAAUUGGUUCAAUAAUCAAGAAAUUUGUGAUUUGUGCAUAUCACUUCUUUUUCAGACAUUUUUUGUGUAAUUCAUUAAUGGGCAGGGAAUAUUUCUACUUGGAAGUCUUUUAUGUUUCUAUAUGUUGAGGGGUUUGUGCAGUGUCGUAGUGGGAGGAGAGACGUGUUUUAUCACAAGGCGGCCAACAAUCUGAGACUGCAAGGAAGUGAAUCAGUGCUUUGCAAUCCACCAUUUUUUUACUUUGUUGAAAUAGGGUACACUGUGCAUACAUACUAGACAUUUUUCCCAUAUCGACUAUUACACUUCUUGUGACAUAAUGAUAUUCCAUUAUUUAAUUCAAAAAUAAUAAAAAAUAAAACAUAAAAAAAAUUUAACAUUAUAGAUUUAAAAAUUAUUCAAGCUACCUAAGCCAACUUUUGUAAAUCAAAUGGUUAGGACCAUGUGGAUUGAAUUUUGUCACUGAACACGAUCUGAUUGCCGCCACAGAGGUCUGUUUUGUUUUGCCAAGCUCCUCAGUGAAAAGCAAAACUUUUUUUUUUAUACUUUUUGACUAUAUGUGGGACAUUAUUGUAUUCUUCAUUAAAAACACUGUUCACUUAUUUGCCAAAUAGUGUUAGAUAUUGUAAUAAAAUGCAUCAGCACCUUGAUCAGGUGAAAAUUGAUUUUUUUUUUUUGUUAAGGCUCUGAUGAAUUGUGGAGUCAAGUUGGUUAUACAAUUGGUUUAAAUUAUUUAAGAUUUUCUUUUCUGUGAAAUGUUGGAUGUUUUUAUUGUUGGGUUAACUUUAAGAGGGAACCCAUUUUAUGUAUUUUGUGGAAUUAGCUACACAAAUGUGACUUUUACAGUUAUUCAAAAUGCGCCUGUUUUAUCAUGUAAUUGUAUAUUUGAACUUGGCAAAACUGCUUGAUAUUCUUGUGUAGGCACUGAGCAAAACAGAUGUGCUGGAUAAAUUGGGAAAAAGUUUACGGUGCUUGGCAAAAUAUAAACUGGAAUGUACCAGUGAUGGUGACAUCGCUAAGGAGCAGAUGGGAGAAAUACUCAGGCAAUCCACGUGGCAUUCAAAAAAAAUAGCAAUGAAAAAAUUCAUUAGAAUUUUUAAAAACAUGAAAGGCGUUCCUUUUUUAUUCUUACUAAUGGUCAAUUUUUCCUACUUGGUAUUCGCAAUUUUGUAAAUGUGGUUCAUGGAAAGUCUUUAAAAAGUAAACGUGAUGCUGUGUAGUGUAGCAAUGAGGCGAUCUGCUUUGUCAUCCUUUGGCAGAGUAACCGAAGCUGGUAGUGUUUUGCUCUGUGGAUUAGUCUCAUCUUUGUUUCCCUCGUCAUUCUGUAAAACCCUGCCAUCAGAGAUACUCCACAGAGCAACAUUUUUGGGCUGUAUACACAAAUUAGAAUACAAUUUCAUGACAAUCAUUUUUAAUCAAAACUUGCCAAACAUGUAUUUCAACAAAGGUGACUUGUUCUAUGGUCAGUUUCUUUCCCUGGGCUAUUUUAUUUCUCGGGAAUGAUGCGAGCUGCUAAGCAGUGUUAAAUACAUGUUCAGAUUUGUCCUCGGAUUCACCUCUGUUUCUAAUUCAAGUGCUGUCAAAGGAUGUAAAAAGUAUUGAAUCCUGCCUGGUGUGACUACUAGACUAAUAUAUUUACCUCUUCUCCCUUCUCUUGGAAAUUCUUGGAAAUUCUCUUACUACUAAAGCUUCUUCACAUAUUUCUGUGUUUCCCAGCUUAUCUUUUGUGUGAAUGAAUCAGUCUAUAUUGUCUCGCAGUGGAAUGUUAAACAAUAAAAAGCUUUAACCUAGUUUCCUUGAAAUUACCCUUUCUCAACCUUUUUCUUUUCAAUUGUAAAUACAAUGUUAAUGGUGGAUAAAGAAAACCCAUUGACUUGUAGUACAAUCUUGCAUACAUGCAGUUUGGAUGGCAAGGUAUUAGAACAAACUCUUUUGCAGCAGUUGCAAAUUUGAUCCGACAUAAAAAAAAAUGUAUGAGCCCAAGAACGAGAAAUAAAUGCGUGUACAUUUUUUACUGACUGUGACAAAAGUGAAGAAAUAGAAGUUUCCCAGAUUUCAAACAAGGAAAACAUUUACCAUUUCAUUUGAAAAAAAAAAAAUUCCUAUUGCUAUUGUAACUUUUCAGUGUUCCAUGAAUAUAACUUCUCUUUAAA